AUGUCCUUCCCGCAGCUGGGCUACCCGCAGUACCUGAGCGCCGCGGGGCCCGGCGCCUACGGGGGCGAGCGCCCGGGGGUGCUGGCCGCGGCCGCCGCCGCCGCCGCCGCCGCCUCGUCGGGCCGGCCGGGCGCGGCGGAGCUGGGCGCGGGCGCGGGCGCGGCCGCCGUCACCUCGGUGCUGGGCAUGUACGCGGCGGCCGGCCCGUACGCGGGCGCGCCCGGCUACAGCGCCUUCCUGCCCUACGCCGCCGACCUCAGCCUCUUCUCGCAGAUGGGCUCACAGUAUGAACUCAAAGACAACCCCGGGGUGCACCCUGCCGCCUUCGCGGCGCACGCGGCGCCCGCGUACUACCCCUACGGCCAGUUCCAGUACGGGGACCCGGGGCGGCCCAAGAACGCCACGCGCGAGAGCACGAGCACGCUCAAGGCCUGGCUGAACGAGCACCGCAAGAACCCGUACCCCACGAAGGGCGAGAAGAUCAUGCUGGCCAUCAUCACCAAGAUGACCCUCACGCAGGUCUCCACCUGGUUCGCCAACGCGCGCCGGCGCCUCAAGAAGGAGAACAAGGUGACGUGGGGCGCGCGCAGCAAGGACCAGGAGGGUGGGGCCCUCUUCGGGAGCGACACGGAGGGCGACCCGGAGAAGGCGGAGGACGACGAGGAGAUCGACCUGGAGAGCAUCGACAUCGACAAAAUCGAUGAGCACGAUGGCGACCAGAGUAACGAGGACGACGAGGACAAGGCCGAGGCGCCCCCCGCGCCCGCCCGGGACCCGGGCUCCCCGCUGGCCGCGGCCGCCGCGCUCAAGCCCCGGGACUCGCCCCUCGGUCCCGCCAAGGGGGUCGCGGAGCCCGGCAGCACUCGCCUGCUGAGCCCCGGCGCCGCGCCCGGCGGCCUGCAGGCCGCGCCGCACAGCAAACCCAAGAUCUGGUCCUUGGCGGAGACGGCCACCAGCCCCGACGGCGCGCCCAAGGCCUCGCCGCCGCCGCCCGCCGCCCCCGGGCCCCCCGCGGCCGCGCCGCUGCAGCACCCCGCCUUCCUGCCCAGCCACGGACUGUACACCUGCCACAUCGGCAAGUUCUCCAACUGGACGAGCGGCGCGUUCCUGGCGCAGGGCUCCCUGCUCAACAUGCGCUCCUUCCUGGGCGUCGGCGCGCCCCACGCCGCGCCCCACGGCCCGCACCUGCCCGCGCCGCCGCCGCCGCCCGUCCCCGUGGCCGCGGGGGCGCUCCCCGGCGACAAGGCCUCUGCCCGAAGCAGCCCCACGCUUCCAGAGAGAGACCUGGUCCCCAGGCCCGAGUCACCCGCACAGCAGUUACCGUCGCCCUUCCAGCCCGCGCGCGACAACUCGCUGGCCCCGCAGGAGGGAACGCCGCGGAUCCUAGCCGCCCUCCCGUCCGCCUGA